AUGGACAUAGAUUAUGUUAUAAGGAAAGACGAACCACCUGCAAUCACUGAUGAAAGUAGCCCAGCUGACGUUACGCUAUAUGAGCAGUGGGAGCGAUCCAACCGACUCAGCGUGAUGUUCAUUAAGACCAAAAUCUCGGUUGGAAUACGUGGUUCUAUUGACCAGCAUGAAAAGGUCCGAGACUUGCUUAAGGCCAUUGAUGAUCAGUUCAUCACUUCAAAUAAGACUUUAGCAAGCACCCUGAUCAUGAAGUUCUCCUCUCUUCGGCUCACCAAUGUGAAAGGUGUGCGUGAGUACAUAAUGAAAAUGUGA